UCUGUGCAGAAGUGCAAGAGUUCAAGCCGCCUCCAUGGCCCCAGGAAAGAUUCAGGGGAGAGGCCCCAUACAGGGAGCCCCUCCAGCCAGACACCCUGGCCAGAAUGGAGCUGACUGAUCUGCUCCUGGUGGCCAUGCUUCUCCUUACUGCAAGACUAACUCUGUCCAGCCCAGCUCCUCCUGCCUGUGACCCAAGACUCCUCAAUAAACUGCUUCGUGACUCCCAUCUCCUUCACAGCCGGCUGAGUCAGUGCCCUGACAUCAACCCUUUGUCUACGCCUGUCCUGCUACCUGCUGUGGACUUCAGCCUGGGAGAAUGGAAGGGCCAGACGGAACAGACAAAGGCACAGGACAUUCUAGGGGCAGUGACCCUUCUACUGGAGGGAGUGAUGGCAGCUCGGGGACAGUUGGAACCCUCCUGCCUCUCAUCCCUACUGGGACAGCUUUCUGGGCAGGUUCGCCUCCUCUUGGGAGCCCUGCAAGGCCUCCUGGGAACCCAGGGCAGGACCACAGCUCACAGGGAUCCCAACGCCAUCUUCUUGAACUUGCAACAACUGCUUCGAGGAAAGGUGCGCUUCCUGCUGCUGGCAGAAGGCCCCACCCUCUGUGUCAGACGGGCUCCUCCAACUACAGCUGUCCCACGCGGCACCGCCCAACUCCUCACCCUAAACCAGCUCCCAAACAGGACUUCUGCAUUGUUGGAGGCGAACUUCAGUGUCUUAGCCGGAACUCCUGGCCCUGGGCUUCUGGGCAGGCUUCAAGGACUCAGAACCAAGAUUGUCCCUGGCCAGCUGAAUCAAACCUCCAGGUUCCCACACCAAAUCCCUGGAUACCUGAACAGGACACACGGACCUGUGAAUGGAACUCAUGCUGCGGCCUCGCUUCAGACCGUGGAAGCCCCGGACAUUCUGCCAGGAGCUUUGAACAAAGGCUCCCUGCCACUCAGCCUCCAAAGUGGAUAUCCUCCUCCUCCUCCUCUCCAUGUUGAUGGACACACACUCUUCUCUCCUUCACCUACCUUGCCCACCCACAGGUCUCCACCUCUGUUCCACGCCCCCUUUCCCGAUCCCUCCACCCCUGUGCCUAACUCUGCCAGUCCUCAUCCAAUCCCAGUGCACCCUCAUUCCCAGAAUUUGUCUCAGGAAGCAUGAG